AUGGACACGUGGACGGAGGCCUUAAGUCACAACGUCCCAGUCGACAUCCUGUUCCUGGACUAUUCAAAAACAUUCGACACGGUGCCCCAUGUCAGACUCUGCAAGCAGAUUGAGGCCUUUGGUAUUAAGGGAAAUCUAAUCAGCUGGAUCAAGGUUUUUCUAACAGAUUAUGACGACAGUAAGAUAGUUGACGGCACCGAGGUGGUAGCCGGGGAGGUCCCAUGGCAGGUAAUCCUGUACAGAUUAAGCUCUCUCCUCUGCGGUGGCAGUCUGAUCAGCGACAGACAUGUACUGACUGCCGCUCACUGUGUACAUCCAGACGAGGAUCAACCGGGUUAUUACUCCGUUCGCAUGGGAACACUGAAUCAGAACAGCGGCGGAAUAACGAGAUACAUAACUCGGAUAAUAAAACACGGGGCAUACAGCGCCAACGACAUCUACAAUGACGUUGCGGUCCUCGAGCUUAAUGCGCCAGUGGUGUUCACCAACAACGUUCAGCCCAUCGCCUUGGCUAGCAACGAUGCCGAUAAGUACGUGGACUGGCCGUCUACUACAUCUGGAUUCGGAGACAUUAGCUAUAAUGGACCCACAUCCCCCGUCCUCUUGAAGGCUGAUCAGGUGAUCGUCUCUGCCCAGACCUGCAUUUCUUAUUACGGAUCCUCUGUCCAGCCAGCGGGAAUGAUCUGCUCCGGACAGGGAAAGGAGACACCAUGCAGUGGUGACAGCGGCGGCCCACUUUGGGUGACCGAGAACGGUCAGCCAACCCUGGUGGGAGUCACAUCCUGGUCGAUCGGUGGCUGCCAGGUUGCCGGCUAUCCUGCGGUAUACGCCCGCGUUACCUACUACUACCCAUGGAUCAUGGAUGCCGUCGCCACGCUGUCACCUUAAGUCUUAAGUCGUUAACACUUUGUCGCGUCUGACGUCAACGGCGCUUGACG